GGCGUCGCGGCCGCGAAAAAUGGCGGGGCGAAGUUUUAAGAGACGGGGCGUUUCAGGGACUCCGCUUCCACCACGCGUUCAGCAACCUUCCACACUUCGUCGGGACCUCCUCGCCAAGGAGGAAGAAUAUAAGCGUUUAAAUGCAGAAUUAGAGGCAAAAACGGCUGAUCUGGUUCGACAAGCUGAGGAAGUAAUAAGAGAUCAGCAAGAAGUACGAUCUCAGUCUAUUUCAACACAAAUUAAAUCAUAUGAAGAGGAAGAUGAUUACAGUUUAAGACGUCCAUUAUUGUCUGAAGGGACAGUUCAUUUACGUUCAGAAACUAAGCCAAAGACCAAAAAUGUUGAUCCAAUAAGCAAAGUUCAAAACAAAUUACACUCUGCAAGUAAAGGAAGGAAAUCAAAUUCAAGAGUAAAAUUGAAAUACUCUGAUGUACAAACUGCCAAUGAUGUUGCCAUUCCAGAGGAUUUCUCAGACUUUUCUCUUGCAAAAACAAUUAGCAAAAUUGAAGGGCAACUGGAAGAAGAAGGCUUACCUGAUUAUAUAGAUGAUGGUAUUUUUUGUGGUGUUAGUGAAGACAUUGGAACAGAAGCACAGAUCAGAUUUCUGAAGGCCAAACUCCAUGUUAUGCAGGAGGAAUUGGAUAAUGUUGUAUGUGAAUGCAAUAAAAAGGAGGAUGAAAUUCAGGAUUUAAAGUCUCAACUGAAAAAUUCUGAAGGAGAUUGUAUGAGACAGCAGCGGACAAUUAAUUUGCAACAGUCUCAAACAGAAAAGUAUAAAACUCUUUUUGAAGAAGCAAGCAAAAAAUGUGAUGGAUUACAGCAACAGUUGUCUUCAGUAGAAAGGGAAUUAGAGAAUAAAAGAAGACUACAAAAACAAGCUGCCGCUAGUCAAAGUGCCAUGGAAGUUCGCUUGAAUAGAGCUCUAGAAGAAGCAGAAAAGUAUAAACUGGAGUUAAGUAAACUAAAGCAAAAUAACAAGGAUAUAGCAAAUGAAGAACACAAAAAAAUUGAAGUGUUAAAAUCAGAAAACAAGAAGCUAGAAAGACAAAAAGGAGAAUUAAUGAUAGGGUUCAAGAAACAAUUAAAAUUAAUUGAUGUUUUAAAAAGGCAGAAGAUGCAUAUUGAAGCUGCCAAGAUGUUGUCUUUCACUGAAGAGGAAUUUAUGAAGGCACUCGAAUGGGGAAAUUAAUAAGUGAUCUACUUUUUAACCUAUAGUGCAUGGUGGAUAUACCCUUUAUUUAACUUAAGUUGUAAUGGUUUGAAUUAUUUUUACUCUAGGAAAUGAAGAUACUUGAUAAUGAAAUCAAAAUAAUUCCAAAUUCCCUGUGUAGAUCUGGGGAUGUAAAAUUGAUAUCUAAUUAUUACAAAAUGGAAAUAUUUUAUAAAAUAAAGCA